AUGUCGGCGGCCUCGGGCGGCUCGGCUGCGGUGUCGGCGAUAGCGGAGAGCGGGUUGGGGCCCGGGGCCACGGAACGGCGGGACCGCGGACCACGGGGCGGGGGUGGGGGCGGCUGCGCAGGCGGCGGCGCGGGGCCGCGAGCCGGGCGGGCCGGACGAGCUCGGGCGGCAGGGCGGCGAGAAGCAGGGCGACGGGGCGGCGGGCGCGGAGCCGGCCCCGGCGGGCGGCCGGGCGCGCUCACUCUGGCGGCGGGGCGGGUGCGCGGAGCUCCCUCCGGGCAGGUCUUAGGCGGAGUGAGGAGAGAGCAGGUGGGGCGAGGUGGGCGGCCCGGGGGCGACUGA